UUGGGGUCAGGACUGGAGAAACUGGAAAGAAGAGAAACAGGAAAAGAAUGCAAGAGAAUAAAGAAGAGAGGAGGAAAAGAAUGAAUAGGGAGAAAAUGCAGAGGUAUCGGGGUAAUUUAAAAACUCAUCGUGAAACAUUGGAGGAGGAGAAAGAAGAACUUACUAUACGGAUAUUACAGUAGAAUCAGCAGGUGAAAGUUCUUACAAACCAGAAUGCUCAGCUUAAAGCAAAAAUUGCUAGCCUGAAAUCUUCUCCUAAGAAUGUUGAUGAUAAAGAUAUUAUCCCAUCGAAGAUAUCUAAUCCUGAUUCCUCUCAACUAACCAGAAAUCAAUCUUUAAAAUAAGAGUGCAUCUCAUGAAAUGGCUUCUAUCUCAAGUAGAGCAGAUAUGCAAGCCAUAUUAGACAGAAUGAAAGAUUUAUGUAAAGAAUGUGCUGAAAGGACUAAGUUGGCAGUCAAACACCCAGCCCAAAAAUUUCCUAAGCUUGAGACUAUUUUUAAAAGAGAAAACCACUUUUGUGAAAAUACUCUGCCAAACUUGAUUCAGAAUAACCCAGAGAAGAUCAGGCUUACUCUAAUGGAGCAGAAUAGAGAUAUUGCUGAUGCUUAUGGAGACUCGAGGAUCCCGUAUCUGAAGAGUCAGUUUAAAAGCAUAAUGAGCUAUUCCCUUGCCUUCUUACACAACUUUGAAGAUAUGGAUUUGCCAGAGUGGCUUAAAUACAAAGAAGAGAUGAAAAAGCCUAACCCUGAUUUAUCAGACAUAAAAAUGCCUGAAGGGUUUAUCAAUCAACAUAUGUCUGAUGAAUUUAUUGAAUAUGUCAAAAACUAUGGCAAAAAGGUAGUUCACAUUUUGCAAGAUGUCAGAAGAUGAGUCCAUGAACCAGUAAGAUCAAUACUAAGCACAAAUUCUUACCAAAUGAGCUUUUAACCACUGGUUUGAUGCCAAAUAUUGUUCAAUUUAUUGACUGGAAUAGAUAAAACUGCGAAACAGGAUGCUAUCAUUGUUGCAUAAGUAUAACUCACUUUACAUUGAGCUAGGGUAUAAGUACACCAAAUAAUGACCAUAUGUCAGCCAAAAAAGUGGGAGGAUUUUAAAUAGCAAAGGAAUCGAUAUAUUUGAUAUCCUAAAAAUAUCAAGAAAAUCUAGCGAAGAAGAGGAUAAAUCUGAAGCUGAAAUGACUAAAUUUAGUGAUGAAGGGUUCAAGCUUAAUCCUUAGUAAUAAUAAUCUAACAAUAAGGAUCUCUGUUAGUUUCAACCCAAUGAUUUUAUUUUAAGUACGCGAAUCGAUCAUAUUGAUAAAAAUUAGAUUUAUCCAUUUCUCU